AUGGUGCGGGCGCUGGUCGCCAAGGCCAUGGACCACCGUGAGCGUGAUGGCGCAGGUCAUCGGAGUGUGUGGGCCAUCUCGGGACAUGGGUCAUCAAAGCGUGACGACGACGACGACCGUCGGAGCGCCGUGAGAAGUCACCGGGCGCACGAGCUAGGUAGAGGCCAGAGAGUGGGGUCGCCGAGGCCCAUGGAGUCUAGGGCCAUGGAGCGUGUUUGGUGCGGGGUGGCAUGGCACGUGAAGCGAGCACGGGAGGAUAAGGAGGAGAAAAGGAAAGAGAGAGAAAAGGAAAGAGAAUAUAAGCGCAGCUGCGCAGGGGGGAUGUUGCCUGUUGGCUGUUGCAAGCCACAAAGUCCACAAUUUCUCUUUUUGAAAGGGAAAAGUCCACAAAUUAGAGCACGGCAUCGAUCACUACUGCCAUACAUGUGCCUGAUCAUCAUUGAUGGCCUGCAAGAAAAAGGAAUGUGGUACGGUAUACGGGGUGCCUUGGCUGAAUCUCUUCCAUAUAGCCGAAUAAUCGUGACCACAAGCACCCAAUCAAUCGCCGCUGCCUGUAGCCCUGAGAGAUACAUUUACAAAAUGCGAGGUCUUGGAAUUUCCAAGUCAAGAGAAUUAUUCUGGUUAGAGCUCAGAAACCGAGCAGGUCCUACGCCUGCCUUGGAGCAUGCUUUGGAAGAAUUCUUAGCCAAAUGUGAUGGUUUGCCACUAGCCCUUGUUAGUGUAGCUAAAUAUUUGCGUGAGAAAGGAGAAAAUGUACAUUUACUUGAACUGGGCCCAGGAGCCUUUGACGAAUUGGAAAGAGUGCUUAUGCAGUGCUACGAUAGCCUGCGUGGUGACGAUCACAGGUCCUGUUUGCUUUAUCUCAGCAUAUUCCCAAAGGGUCAUUGCAUUAGGAGGAAGAGCCUUAUGAGAAGAUGGGUAGCUGAGGGACUGGUUUCCGGAGAUGUCACUCGCAGUGCAGAACAUGUUGCGCGUGACCAUUUUGGUGAGUUGGUUGACAAGAAUCUCAUUGAACCUGUGCUGAUUGGCAGUAACUCCGUGAUCAAGAGUUUCCGUGUUCAUGAUGUCAUGCUAGAUUUCCUCGUCAACAAAGCGGUCUCAAAAGACAUGGUCACCCUAAUUCGAGAGGAUGAGCCCCUCCGCAACAAGGAAGGAGCCCAUCCUGUCCGCCGAUUGUCGUUGACGAUCCGCAACGGUGGCCUUUUUGAGUUCCAAGGUUGCCAGUUUCUGCGAGUCUUGGAUCUUGAAGGUUGCAGGGGCAUUGAUGACUGGACUCUUCAUUGCAUAUGCAAGCUGAUCUUGCUCAAGUACCUGAGUUUAAGGGGUAGCGAUGUGUGUCAGAUCCCCAAGAAAAUAAAAAAUCUAGGGUGCUUACAGACACUGGAUAUUCGAGAGACACAGGUAAACAAACUGCCUAUGGAAGUAUUAGUGCUCCCAAAUUUAGCUUACCUGUUUGGUCAAUUUGAGCUACCUGGAGAACUAGAAGAUGAGAAGAGUAGCAAGGUGGAGGCGUUCUUCUCCAAGAAAAGUGUCCUGCGGAUAAUAUCAGGAUCUGUCAUGGACAGAAAUGGUGGUGGUUCUGAGCUCAUCCUGCUUCGCAUGAGGUUUCUGGAGAAGGUUAAGAUAUGGUGCAAGCAUUCUAUUACCAUCGAUUCAGAAGAUUUAGCUUACUCCCUCCAGAAAAGCAUCUCAAAACACAAUGGCCUAAAAUCUCUAUCAAUUAAUUUUGGGGAUGAGUCCAUAAACUUCCUCGACUCUGUAUUACUAGAAGGUCCCAGCAUGCUCAGCUCCAUCAAGCUGCGGGGAAGAUUAAGCAGACUGCCUAAUUUCUUUACCUUGCUUGCUCUCUACGAGUUGCAGCUGUCCAAUACAAGUUUGAGCAUUGAAGAUUUAUCUGGCCUUCAACAGUUACCUCAGCUGGUUUAUUUGAAGCUUGUUGAGGGUCGGCAUGCGUUCUGGGGCGGCCGUAUCGUUGUGAAAGAAGAUGGAUUCCCGAGCCUCUGUCCGCUGUGCUUCGACGCCCCCAAAGCUUCCGGAAGUGCAUAUUCAUGA